UGGGGCAGGAUGCUGGAUGGCCCGCUCUUCUCCGAGGGGCCCGGCAGCCCCCAGGAGCUCCAGGAUGAGGAGUCUGGCAGCUGCCUCUGGGUGCAGAAGUCCAAGCUGUUGGUGAUCGAAGUGAAGACUAUUUCCUGUCAUUACAGUCGCCGCGCCCCUUCUCGACAGUCCAUGGACGUCCAGGCCAUCCACUGGGCUCCCAGGCCCCAGAACCGCACGUGUCGGCCGCGCCAGGGAUCCCCUGAGCCGCCACCCCGCCGACCCUGGGCCUCCAGGGUGCUGCAGGAGGCCACCAACUGGCGGCCGGGGCCCCCAGCCGAGGUCCGAGCCCGGGAGCAAGAGAAAAGGAAAGCGGCAUCGCAGGAGCGGGAGACCAAGGAGACCGAAAGAAAAAAGCGCAAGGCUGGAGGGGUCCGACGGAGCCCCCUGGGGCAGCCCCGCCCCGAGCCCCGGAACGCCCUACGGGCGGCCCAGUCUGCGGGGCUCCCCGGUCCCGCGCGAGUCGACCGCUCGGGGCAGGUGGCCCGAGCGUCCCGUCCAUCCGCGCCACCGCACGGUGAGCCCCGGGCGGCGUGGGCGGGGCCGUGGGGAGGUCGGAGGCCGGGCCCCCCCAGCUACGAGGCCCACCUCCUGCUGAGAGGUGCCGCCAGCACGGCCCCGAGACGCCGCUGGGACCGACCACCGCCCUACGUGGCUCCUCCUUCUUACGAAGGCCCCCACAGGACCUUGGGGACGAAGCGAGGCCCCGAGCCCUCCCAGGCGCCCGCCCCAUCCACCCCAGUUGUCACCACGACCAGGACAGAUGGUGGAGGUCGUCCAAAGAAGAGGCUGGAUCCUCGAAUCUAUCGGGACGUCCUCGGGGCUUGGGGUCUGCGACAGGGGCGGGGUCUCUUAGGAGGAGCUCCGGGCUGUGGGGCGACCGGAGCGAAGCCGGAGCCCAGCCCGGGGGCUGCGGAGAAAAGCUUGGGCCUAGCUGCUGCUGCUGCUGCUGCUGCUGCUCCUCUCCACCGUGGCAGCGAAGGCCGUUCCCAAGCCAACCCCACCGGGAAUCCCGGCACAGAGCUAGCGCCUGCGGCUGGGUGCGCGACCACGGUUCAAAGCAGCCCCCCGCGUCCCGCUCCCAGGGCCAGGCACCACCUCCGGGGCUCCAGGGAAGGGAAAGAAGGAAGAGAACAGAUCUGGCGUUCCAAAGGUUGGAUUUCUUCCCCUAAAAAGCAGCCCAGGCAUAGCCAGACCCUCCCCAGGCCCUGGGCUCCUGGAGGCACGGGAUGGAGAGAAAUCCUGGGUCCUAGACAGGGAGCAGAAUCCGAGACCCCGGAGGUCUGGAAGGAGACCCGACGCGCCCACACCCUUCCCCGCACUUCCCGGGGUCCGGCUCGUGGAGAAGGCAUUUUUGUAAUUGACGCCACGUGCGUGGUGAUCAAGUCCAAGUAUGUUCCGACCGAUCGUACCCAGCAGGCGCAGCUUUUGCCCUCUGGGGAGCCAUGCAUUGUGGGCGACGGCCCCAGGCCACCCAAGCCCUGCAGGGAGGGCGAGGGAGCUGUCGUCUCCCCCUCCGUUCCCCAAACGCUACCGUGGAGCGAUGGCGAUUCCCACCCUCCGGGCGCGGGUCAAGAGCGCGAGGUCGCAGGCGGAAAGCCAGGGGACGCCCGCAGUUUAGGGCUCCCGGUCAGAGAAGGAAACGUUCGAGACCCCCCCACGCAGCCGGGUAGCCCGGAGCCCCCAGCCUCAGUCCCCGCGGCCCGGGGAUGCGCGGGCGGCGUGAAGGGCUGGGAGGCGGCGGGGGGCCCGCGGCGCGCGGCGGGGGCCUGGGCGCGGACCCCGGGGCCCUACGCGGGGGCGCUCCGGGAAGCCGUGUCCCGCAUCCGCCGCCACACGGCCCCGGACUCGGACUCCGACGAAGCUGAGGAGCUCAGCGUCCACAGCGGCUCCUCCGGUGGAAGCGACACAGACGCCCCUGGCGCCUCCUGGCGGAGUCAGGGGUCCCUGCCCGGAGUCGGGGACGCGCGGCCCGGGGAAGGCGGGAAGACCGCAGACGUGCUCCGGGUCUUCAGUCAAGCCCAGGAGGCCCUCUUCUCAGCGAGGGACGCCAGGGAAACUCCGUAGGGAAAUAGGGAGAGGCGCGGAGAGAUGCCCUGUUCUUGUACCUGUGUGUCCCGAAGCCCAUUCAUCCUUGGACUCACCGCCCCCUUUCUUCCCCACAGGCUACCUUUGCUCCUCUUUUCCUUCUCUCCCUACCCAUACCCGUUCCCGUGAGUGAAACGGAAAGGAAAAGAGAGGGAAGAGGGAAAGGAAAAAGGCAGCGUUGCCGAUUCAUGGCUUUAUUUCAGGGAGGGUGAAGAUGAGCAGUGGAUUUAACUCCUGUUGAGUUCAGGGCAUACACUAAAGUUUUCUCAGGAGCGAAUGCACUAGGUAUGGAGCCCAGCAAAGAGGCAAGCAGGAGGGCAGAGAUGGUGGUGGCCAUAGGAAAGCUAAGGUCCCAGCAGGGUCUCUGGGCAGGAGGGAGAAAGUAAUGGAGAGACUUUGGAGCUAUUGAGAGUGAGAAAGUGGCAAAAGAGUUCUUGGCAAAAAGAGGAGUGGGUUCAGAAGGAAGCCGGAAGAGCUCGCUUUGGUUACUCCAAGUCUUGAGUUUCAAUUCCAUCCUGCCACACUGACUUGCUGGUUGGCCUUAGACCAGCCACUUUCCCUCUCCAGGCCUCAGGACUUCUGGUACAUAAAAUCAGGGAGUUUUAUGGACCAUCUUUCUGUCUCGGGAGUUUUGGGGUCUUUGGGGGAGCUCCAUCUCAUACUCCUCAACAAGCCAAGAGAUUUGGGGCUAAGUGAACAGAAGCUGAGAGGGAGCCCCUUGUCACCUGCACUCUCCUCGAUUCCGGAGACUUGCAGAAGGUCUAGGUGGGAAAUCCCCGCCUCCCAGGUUCAGGUGGGUUUUCCCCGAGGCAGGACAGGAUAGUGUGGCCCUGUCACGGUCCCUGGCCUGUGGUGGUCCGAGCUGGGGAGGGAAGGCAGCCAAUGAAUCAGCUUGGGACCUCUUUAGGCCGUCCCUUUUUCCUCCGCCCCUGUGUCCCACAGUGAUACUCUGAGGCGUUACCAUGAUUCCCCACUCAGGUGACAUCGUCCACCCGACAGGACCCUGAGAGUUUCUGCAUCUCUUCCUCCAGAAAAUGGCCGGGCGAGAAAGGAGGUUGGUCCCAAGAAGCUUGUAGGUGUGGGGUGUGAUACUCGCCAUAGCCACUGUGGGGCGCGCGCAGGUCGCAGAUUUCCCCAGUUGCUGGUGCCCGAGUUCCCCCCAACCUCCCGAUGCCAGUCAAUUGGAUCCAUAGUUACCGCUCGCCGGUCCUCCGCCGUGCCGCCUCCAGGCGCGCUCCCAGGCCUCUGGAGUGAGCAGAGCCCCUUUGUGCUCACCCACAACAACCAGUUUGAGACUGACACUCAAGUCUUUUUUUUCUCUCCGACCCUAGGCACUUCCUCUGUGUCUGCCAUUUACUAGCCAUGUGACCUUGGCCAAAUCACUUCACCUCCCUGAGCCUCAGUUUCCUCAUCUGUCAAAUGGGGUUUAUAAUAAACACCUACCUCGCAGGGUUGUUGUGAGGAUUUAAUGCGGUAAUGUAUAUAAAGCUCCUUGCACAGUGCCUGUCACUGUAGGCGCUUAAUAAAUCUAAGCUUCCCUUA